GGUGAGGCCGGAAAAGCUGGUGCUCCAGGCCAACAGGGACCUCAAGGACCUGCAGGGAAAGAUGGCUCGCCAGGUCAACCCGGUCCUCCCGGCACUCCUGGCCAACACGGUGAUCAUGGAAAGGACGCUGCUUACUGUCCUUGUCCUCCUAGGACUCUGUAUCCUGAACCGCAGACUGACGCUCCAGUCUACAAUGAGGAGUCGGAAGAAGGUUAUCGGAAGCGUCAUUGA